AUGGUGCAACUACUGCACACAAACAGGCAGUUCACUGGUCUAUCUCAUGAGGACCCACGAGUGCAUAUUCAGAAUUUCCUCGAGAUCAGUGACACAUACACUCUAACUGGAGUGAACUAUGAUUAUGUGAGGCCUACAUUAUUCCCCUUUUCUCUGCUGGGGGUAGCAAAAAGAUGGCUGAACUCUGUGCCCGCAAAUUCCAUAACAACUUGGGAUGAUCUUGCUCGAAAAUUUAAGGCGGACAAGCUUUGGAGAAGACAUAUGCUGAGCUGUUUGCUCAAUAGAAUUUCACAGGGUAACCCCGAGUGGAAUGGUGGAGGAACUAAACCAGUCAUACAGAAGACUGCUGGAGUGUUGGAAAUGGAUGCAGUGACAAAUUUGUCGGCACAAAUCGCAGCAAUGCAGAAUAUGAUGACUACUCAUUUCAGCAACAUGUCACUAGGACAACAACAAGCCUAA